AUGUCCUACCAGCAAAACCAGCAGAAGUGGAAGCUCCCUGCCAAGUUCCUCCCCAAAUGUCCACCCAAGUGCCCCCCUCAGGCUCCCCAGGCCCCUGCUUCCUGCUUAUCCUCCUGCCCCCCUCCAGCCUCCUCCUGCUGUGCCCCCAGCUGCUGUAUUACUGGCUUUGGAGGCAAUUGCUCUCUAAUGUCUUACCGGUUUCCACGAUUCUACCUACGCCAGCCCCAGUGCUCCGACUGCUGUGAGAACGAGUCCUCUGGGUGUUCCAGUUGUUGCCAUGGCUGUGGGGGAUGCAGCUGA